CUCGUUCCGGGGCGGCAGCCUCAGUGAUGAGGCACCAGGCAGCUCCAUCACUGUCUCCAUCCCUCUCUGAGCCGACGAGGAGCAGACUGCUCAGCGUAUGACCCCCCAGGUUUUCUCUUGGAACAGAUAGUAGAGCUGCUCGGCCUACUUUCAUAUAUCAGUUAAAACCACUAACAAUGCAUGGCGUGUAAGCCACCAAUCAUGGCCCACAGGAAGAGGCCAGGGACCAGUGGGGGAAACGGUAUAUCUGCCCCUGGCCCCGCCCCCUGUCCCGCCCUUCAUCCUGCAGAGUCAUGUGAUCUGACAGCCCUCCCCACACGGCAACGCCCACUCCGCUACCACAAAGAGCUGCCCCCCCCUCACUCCUGCAAGGCACAGUAUCCCUCCUCCAAGUCUCAAGGCGUGCGUCACAGCCAUGUGGAAGAAGAUGCAGCUGCAGGAGUGGAAGUGAAGCGGCACAGCGGUCCUGAUGCUGACUCGCAAGCAGAGAGCCAGCGUCCAGCAACGCCGUCCACACCUGAGCACAAUCAUGACCCAGAUGAACACAAUCAGACAGAUUUUCAUGGUGAGGCUGACAGUCUGGAUGAUGACUCCAGCUCAGAUUACAUCAACAACUCCUCAGACGAUGAGGAAGAUUAUGAUGACGGACUUGCAGAGGAGGAUGAGGGUGUCACCUACUACAUCCGCUACUGCCCUGAGGAUGACAGCUACCUGGAGGGUAUGGACUGCAGCAGCCAGGGGGACUGCAACCACGACCACAGCCACAGUCAGGGGGACUGCACUGGCUCCAAGCAGCCAUGUGGAUCCCACUCCAGCGAAUGUCAAGAGGCUGUGGAAGGAUGGGUUGAUGGGGGAGAGGGAGAAGGGGAGGGAGAGGUGAGAGAGGAGGAAUGGGUGGAAAAUGAGGAAGAGGAGGCAAUUAGAGAGGAGUGGCAAGAGGAUGAGGAAGAGGUGGUGGACGAGUGGAGAGAGGUAAAUGAGGAGGAGCAGGAGGAGUGGAGGGAAGAGAGCCAGGUCAGGCAGGAGCAGUGGGCCGAUCGAGAACGCCACAGGGUGGAGGAGUGGGCCCAGGGGGAGGGAGAGGUCCGGUGUGAGGUGGUGGAGCAAGAUCCUGAUGAGCAGAUAUACAAUGGACGACCAGAGCCCAUCCUGGAUCAUCAUCACCAUCACAAGUCUACCAUGGAAGACACCCUGUACACCCAGCAGCACGACAGGGAGGAGGAGGAGGAGGAGGCAGAGUGUGAAGAGUGCUGCCCCAAUGAAGAGGAAGAUGAGGAAGGUGAUGAAAAAGAUAGACAUGGACGGGCUUACCCUGGAAACUACUAUGCUACUGAAGAUAAUGGGAACUCAGUGCGAGUCUCCCCUUACCGCAGCCGCAAAGUGCUGGUGGUGGAGGGGGAGACAGGAGAGGAGGCUGAGGAGGACAUUGACCAAAUUGUUGCUGAGAUUAAGAUGAGCAUGAGCAUGGGAAGUCUAAGCAGUGGCACCGACCAAAGCCCAGAGGAGCUGGCACAGGACCCUGCACCAAGUGACUACCCUCACUCUAAAUCUGAGGCUGCCUCCUAUUCACCAGCUCACCAUCACCACGACAGCAGGCCAAAGUCCCUGAACCUCCCGUCGGUGCACCACAACAACCCGGACCUCCAGAGGGGCAUCAAGGCACAGCCACGAUCCCCUGAAGACAGACAGAGAUGGGCACAUGAACAGGUGAGCAAUGGUCCCGAACAACCCAGAAAACAGCAGCGGUCCGACCUCAACGUUCCCAUGGAAAACAACAAUGUACCAGAGCCAACAAAGAAAAUGGCAUCAUUCCCCAGCUUUGUUGACGUCCCGGGGCCUUGUGAGCCAGAAGACCUGAUUGACGGCAUCAUCUUUGCUGCCAACUAUCUGGGAUCCACCCAGCUGCUGUCUGAGAGGAAUCCCUCCAAGAACAUCCGCAUGAUGCAGGCACAGGAGGCUGUCAGCAGGGUCAAGAGGGUUCAGAAAGCUGCCAAAAUCAAGAAAAAGGCGAGUGCAGAUGGAGACGCUCAGACUCUCACUGAGGUCGAUCUGUUCAUCUCCACCCAGAGGAUCAAAGUCCUCAACGCAGACACGCAAGAAACAAUGAUGGACAACGCGUUGCGCACCAUCUCCUACAUCGCCGACAUUGGGAACAUCGUGGUCCUGAUGGCGAGGAGGCGGAUGCCUCGAACGGCCUCACAGGACUGUAUCGAAACCACACCUGGUGCACCUGAAGCCAAGAAGCAGUACAAGAUGAUCUGUCACGUGUUCGAGUCCGAGGAUGCUCAGCUCAUCGCCCAGUCCAUCGGUCAGGCAUUCAGCGUGGCCUACCAGGAGUUCCUGAGAGCCAAUGGGAUUAACCCUGAGGACCUGAGCCAGAAGGAGUACAGUGACAUCAUCAACACGCAGGAAAUGUACAACGAUGACCUCGUUCACUUCUCCAACUCUGAAAACUGCAAGGAGCUGCAGCUGGAGAAGAGUAAAGGGGAGAUCCUGGGUGUGGUGAUUGUGGAGUCCGGCUGGGGCUCCAUCCUGCCCACGGUCAUCUUAGCCAACAUGAUGAACGGUGGCCCGGCGGCUCGCUCUGGAAAGCUCAGCAUCGGAGACCAGAUCAUGUCCAUCAACAACACCAGCCUCGUGGGGCUGCCCCUCGCCACCUGUCAGGGAAUCAUUAAGGGCUUAAAGAAUCAGGUGAUGGUGAAAAUGAACAUCGUCAGCUGCCCUCCUGUUACCACCGUCCUCAUCAAGAGACCAGACCUGAAGUAUCAGCUGGGCUUCAGUGUCCAGAAUGGGAUUAUAUGCAGCCUGAUGCGAGGAGGCAUCGCUGAGCGAGGGGGGGUCCGCGUGGGUCACAGGAUUAUAGAGAUCAACGGGCAGAGCGUGGUGGCCACAGCGCAUGAGAAGAUUGUUCAAGCGCUCUCCAACUCUGUCGGCGAGAUCCACAUGAAGACGAUGCCGGCCGCCAUGUUCAGACUUCUAACAGGACAGGAAACGCCUCUGUACAUUUAAACGAGGACUUUCACAGGAUUAUCAUCUGACAGAGCAAACCACGAGCAGAUGAACCAUCAACAGGACGAUCCUUCCAUCUCUUUGACUUAUGCGAACACUUUAUUCUUCAACUUCUUUACUUUGUGAUUAACACACAACAGCUAUUGACCGACAAAAGAUGUGUAAUCUGAAGAGGCAGCACGUGUGUGAAUAUUUAUUUAUUCGUCCUGUCUGUGAUUCUUUUUGUCACAUUAGUGACGGAGUUAUUGAUCCAUAGUGUCCGUUUAUUUUUUACACUCCCGUAAUGCAAUACGAUACUCCCACUAUACAGCUUGUAUAGUUUCAUUUGUCUCUCCGUUAAAUUAUUUUCCGUGUAAAUAUAUGAUUUGCUAAUAUGAAGGCAGUUGGAGUGAAGGGGUGAGCCGCUGCGCGUUGUAAAUAUUUACUGACUCUCGCUGUUGAGCUCGAUGCAGAUUAAGAUGAUGUCAAAGGUGCAGUUACGUGCCCGAGAUCAUAGUUGUUGUCAGAGGAGAGUUUCUGUAAGCAGCGGGGCUCAUGGGACAAACGCCAUGUUCUUUUUCAUUUACAGCAUCAAAAGGCAAUACACAAGUUCCACUUGUGAACAGCAAGUCUUUUCUAAAUCUCACGGAAACGUUUAAACGACAGCAUUUUGCUUUUGAUAUGAAGAGUACGAAGAAUGCUGUUUCUUCCCCUGUGCGUUUAUCUUUAGUGUUCUGACUGAAACUCAUGCGUGGACCGUGAAUGUAGCCGUGUUGUGCGAGCCGUCUCAUCACCAUAAGCAGUAUUAGAAUGUCUGUACAUAAGCAGAACGCCGUCCAGUGAUGCGCUCAUGUUAAACCAACACGCAGAUCCACGUCACUGCAGCCCCCGCCCGUCUGGACGUCGGCCCCUCAGACACAGCUGUGGUUCACACUGACACAGGAAUCCUUACUGCGAGGCAACGACUCUAUGAAACAUUGUAGUAAAUUCUAACUGUAUGAACGUUUUCUGUGUGCAUGCCUCGUAAGUAGUAUCAUGUCACUGUGGCAAGAUAAUAAAGCUGAGCUAAACUGGA